UUGAGUUCGAGGUCGGUCAGCGCUCGAGCGCGACAGCAGCAGCGCCGAGCCUUGCCUGUCAGACGUGCACCGGCGCGCGCGCGCUCGGUGUCUGGCUUUUCUCUUCGCAAAGGGUGUCACAUUGAAAUGUUCUCACUCGCUUUCAUCGCUUUCUUGCGCGGCAACAUCUUUUUUUCCUUCUGAAGUGUACGCAGGCGGCGGUUCGCUUGCACCGGCGGGACGGAGUCGGCGACGCCGCGGCGCAACGAGCGCGGAGAGCGACGCGGCUUCGGCUUUAGUGUAACUGUCCAGGACACCGGGCGUUAUUCCUGCACGAGAGGGCUCCACUUUUGGAUGAGUUCGCAGCACAGUUUUUUUGUUGGAAAAACACCUGCGAAAUCUCCACUCCAGUAGUUUCCGCUCCAGGUUUCUCAGCUCGUCGCUCUCCUCCGGUGGAGAAUAACACCACCAGCCCGCAGUCGCGCCGAGCGGAUGCGUGCACUUCUGCGCGCUUUGUGCAGACUGUGGCGACGGCAAGAGAGCAAGCCCGCAACCCAACGGCAGAACACAAAGUGUUGAAGAAGCGUGCACUUCAUUUGGACACAGUCGCACCAACUUCUCGGUCGCUGCCUUGGACCGAGCCCCGCGCCCCACCUUGUGACGCUCGGGGCAACCCGCGGGACCAGGAUGCACAGCAGCUGAGGCGCACCAGCCCGGGGACUUUAGGCUGUUGCAAUCGGAUUGGACGCACCUCCGCCUCCGCGCGGGACCGGGACAUGAGCCGAACCAGGACGACAACUGACGGCGCGAUGCUGCUCGUGCUCCCGCUGCUGUGCCUGCUCUCCGGAGCCUGCCGGGCUGCGACCCUGGGCGGAGUGGAAGGCGAGUACAACCUGCAAGACGUCAUUCUGGAUCCCAAGAAGUUUGGCGGCGUGAGCAACUUCAGCACAUUUCUACUGGACCGCUCAUCAGGCAUGCUGUUCCUGGGGGCCAGGGAUGCCAUCGUGUCCGUGGACACCAAUCGACUGGACAAGCCCCCUCGCAAUAUUACUUGGGACGUACCGGAGGAGAAGAGAAGGUCAUGCGUGGCAAAGGGAAAGACAGAGGUGGACUGCCAUAACUACAUCCGCCUGCUGGAGUUCCUGGAGGAGGGACGCAUCUACGUGUGUGGCACCUAUGCCUUCGACCCCCAGUGUGCCUUCCUGGAGCUCUCCUCCUUCACCCUGGAGAAAACAGAGGACGGAGGAGUGAAGAUGGAGACGGGGAAGGGCAAGUGUCCCUUUGAGCCCAGUCAGCACUACACAGCUGUUAUGGCUGGUGGUACCCUAUACACCGCAGCCACCAGUAACUUCCUCGGAACGCUAUUCGACAUCUCCAGGGCAACAGGUCCUGAGCACGAGCGCAUCCGAACUGAACGAUCCAUCAAUUGGCUCAGUGACCCGGAGUUCGUGAGCUCAGCCUUCAUAGAGCAAUCUGCAGACAGCAACCCGACCGGGGAUGACGACAAGAUCUACUUCUUCUUUACUGAGGUUGCCAAAGAGUACGACCUCUACACCAAAGUCAAGGUUCCGAGGGUGGCACGUGUCUGCAAGUCUGAUGUGGGAGGGAUGAAGACUCUGCAGCGGCGUUGGACCACCUUCCUCAAGGCCCAGCUAGUGUGCGAGGACAAACCCAGCGGUCAGCGCUACAACAUCCUGACCGAUGUUUUCACCAUGCAGCACACACAGGGCGACCCCAGCAGCACACACUUCUAUGGACUUUUCACCUCCCAGUGGGAACGUGAGGAGUUGUCAGCGGUGUGUGUCUUCAGUUUGUCUGAGAUCAGCAAAGCGAUGGACGGCCCCUUUAAAGAGCUGAAGAAGACCUGCGAGACCUGGAUCAUGCCUGAACCUGUCCCCACUCCAAGGCCGGGCCAGUGUUUGAACCAUGCAUUGAAGGCUGAAGGAUUUGAGUCGUCCCUAAAACUCCCGGACAAGGUGCUGACGUUCGCGAGGGACCACCCUUUGAUGGAGAACAGUGUUGCUGCAGCACCCCUGCUGGUCCGCAAGGGGAUCAGAUACACCAGGCUGGCUGUUACCCGGACAGGCAGCGCAGUGGAACCCCGAGGCGUGGUGCUGCACAUCGGAACAGAUCGUGGGGAGCUCCACCAGGUGGAGGUAGUGGGCCAGAAUGCCACCUUACUGCAGGAGAUCCCUCUGUUCACCUCACACGAACCCAUUAACAAUAUACUACUACACAAGGGCCAGGCUCUGGUGGGCAGCCCUCUGUCUCUGGCUCGUAUCCAGGCCGAAGGUUGCGCUCUGUAUCCCAACUGUGAGGUGUGCGCCGGGGCCAGAGGACUGGGCUGUGUGUGGAGCACGAAGGAAGAAGCCUGCAGGGGCACAGCGGCAAAGCCUGGUCCAGAAGAUACGGUAGAGGAUGCCUUGAAGAAAUGUGAUAUAAAGGAAGGCCGUUGCUCCCCUUCCAUCAGGGAGCUGCAGGUUUCCAUUGGUCUGCGCCUCCUGUUGCCAUGCGUCCAGCUGUCUCCCAGGCCCUGUAGCUGGGAGCAUCCUCUCCACAGACACACCAGGCAACAUCACUCUGACCUGGAGGUGACUGUCACCGAAGAGACCCUGGGCAAAUACAUCUGCACAUGCCAGGAGGUGGGACCAGGUAUCAGAGACCACACCCCCUGUCGCAGGGCAGCCUAUCAGCUGACACUAAAAGGCCCCGUUGUUGGAGGAAAAGUGGCCACAGCCGGAGGUCGGCACGUCAUGGCUAUCUAUGUCCUUUUCUUCUGCGGGGGUCUCGUGUUGGGUGUGUUUCUCCUGUACUUCCUGACUCGGCGGCGCAUCACUAGCCGCCAGGGCCACCAGUUGCCGGACAAUUCGCUGUCUUCGGGGAAGGGGCGGGACUUACUCGGCUCCUCAGCCACUCCACAGUCCCCGAGCAGUGCCAGCUUGCUGUCUGAGGGAUUCAGGCUGACCGAAAAGCGAAAUGGGACAGCGACCACAACUACAACGACGACCCUCCUCAGCAACCAGGGUAAUGGCAGUCACCAUGGUAACAGUUACAGCGACAGCCUGAUCCACAGCAACUCAAACAAUGGCCACGGGAAUGCCUUGUAUGGCAACUCCACCACAAGUAGCAGUGGGCUGAAGUUUGCCUCCGAAAUUUUGGCGGCAGACCUGCUGGCUGGAAGGACAGAGGAGAGGGUGAGGUCCAAGGGGGGAGAGAGGGAGUCAGCGGAGGGGGACGAGGUUGACGAAGGGCUGGGUGAUGGGUUAGGAGAAGGAAUCAGAGGACUAGAGGAGGAGCUUGCCAGCUUCCCCAUGUUUAAAUCACCGGCACCACUGGCUCGAUGUGAAGAAAGUUCAAUAUGACAAGGUGAUAAAAAGCAAUUAUUACUGAUUACACCAUUAUGCAUCCUCCAAAUAAACUGAACACUGCUGGGAGAAAUGCAAAAUGGCUACUGCCAAAUGCUUUUGAAUGGGAGCCCUGGCAUGAAGAGAGACUACAGAGAUGUGAGAAAAUAUCUGGGAGUGUGGGAGAGACGAGAGAACUGUGAGAUAGAAGGUGCACUACAGUGUCGGCUGGCAUAGACUGCUUAUUGAGAAUAUGAGUAAAUGUAUCGGAUGUAAAUAAAACUGUAAAUAUAAGCAGUCGGAGGUUGACCUGUGGACAUCAAUUCAGAUGUCACAAAGAAUCAAGGAUGAAAUGUCCACACGUGUGACCAAAAGCCAUACUGUCUUUCCCCUCGGCGUCUGUUGUCGUUUGCUCUCUCGUAAUUGGCACUUUGAAUCUUUCAGCACCUCGGUCCGUCUCUCUGUAUUUCUAUUACUCUCUCUGACACGGCGCUCAGAUCCCAGACCCCCAGGGGUCCAAAGGCACCAAAGGACUGCAGAGCCCCAGACUGCCCAGUCCGGGGCUUCAGACAAAGAGACGUCCCUCUCAGAGGCUAAAGAAGCAUAACUUCAGUGACCACGAGCCGGGCGUGCUCCUGCAUGAACUGCCACAGCCGUCAAGAGGAAACUGGCGGCCGCCCAGAUGUGUCGCUGUCGAUGAGACAGUAGGAUGUGAAAUGCAUUCGCAGAAAGGACCUCGCCAGACACAACCACCUUGUUUGUGAGCGUGGAUUUCAACUUAAAAAAAUUAUUGUUUUUGUCAUGUUUGUUUUGUAAUAAAGCCUAAAAAAAACCCA